AAAAUAAAUAAUAAAUGAAACACAUUGGAACAACAAAGACAAACUAAGCUCAUACAAAACCAAAGGAAAACCCCAUCUAACCCCUCAAAUCAAAAUCUCAAUCGGAAAAAAAAGACGAUGAGUUCAAGCGAUAAUACGAACGCCAUUGCUGAAUGUACGAAGCAACUGAGGCGCCACGAAGUUGCCAUUGCUGAGCUCAACAACCUUCCCUCUUCCUCCGCUGUGUAUCAGAGAAAUUGCAACUUAUAUUUUCGCACAACCAUCCAGAAAGCAACAACAACGGAACAAAAGCAACUAGAUUCAGUCAAAGCCAAGCUAAGAAAUCUGAAUCCUUCUUCUUCGUAGCCAUGAAGCCUAAUUCUUUCUUGGUAAGUAACACUAACAAUUUCCUGAGCUAUGAGGGAGGGCAAUAAUGUAAUUAGGGGACUAAUGUUCCAACUUGGAAGUUUCUUCUUUUGUCAAAUUGCUAUGUAAAGUGAAAUGCAUUUUACUAGUAAUGUUUGUUCUACACUACAAAAUAAACACUUUAAUUGAAAUUUGUCCCUUAUGAAUUUUGUUUUAUUACUGACUCUUGUGAUUAUUUGUGUUUUGAUUGGUUAUUGUCUUAUGGACAUUUGAUAGCUUCGAAGAAAUUGUUAUAGAGAACAAGAUGCUAUCAAAGAUAAUCUAUUGCUUCAAAUUUGAUGUAUGAUAAGAUAGUUUA